AUGGAAAAAGAGGAGGAUCACGAAGAACCCUGUGGUCUCAAUCACAGAUCAUUUUGCCUGAAUGGGGGAAUUUGUUAUGUGAUACCUACUAUUCCCAGCCCGUUUUGUAGAUGCAUUGAAAACUAUACAGGAGCUCGUUGUGAAGAGGUUUUUCUCCCAAGUUCCAGCAUCCAAACUAAAAGUGACCUGUCUGUGAUUUUUGUGGUAUUGGCUGUCCUAGGAACACUUAUCAUCGGAGCCUUCUACUUCCUUUGCAGGAAGAGCCACCUUCAGAGGGCCAGUUCAGCCCCGUAUGAUAUCAGCCUGGUAGAGACAAGCAACACCAGUGCCCAAGACAUUACACUGAAAAAGAAAAGAAGACCAACAGUGUUUUUCAGGAAGUGUGAAAAUAAGUCUUGGAAUAUUCUGGAAUGGUCAAUGUUCUACCGCCGAAGGUUUGGGACUGGAACAGAAUUGAAGCAGAGGAGCAAGACUAGUGGAACGGACCAGCCAGUCUCUGGAUCGUGUCUUCAAGACUGGCUGUGCACAUCACCCUUGCCACACAGCCCAGUGCAGGCACUGUGA